CCCAGUUGCUGUUCACACUCUAACCGAUUUAGAUAUCGCGCUCUGGUUGUACGAAAAAAUUAAAAAAAAAAGAAAUAGAUAUAUAUAUACACAUAUAUCAAAUCAAAUAGAAAUCACGGCACACAAAUAAUAAAAGGCGAGCGCCGUAGUCGUUGUUAGUAAAAUUAAAUCGCGUAUACGAAGCGUGAAACCCAAAGCGAUCAAAUAAACGUAAACAAUUAUAGUUAAAUACAAGCGUCAAACUAACGGAAAUUUGUUCCAAACAACAAGCGGUAUGAUGCGGUAGAGUCUGCCAAGAUCUGGCAAUGAUGACGACUAACGUAUAAAUAUUUAUUGGACUAACAACUUUUGGAUAUGAAUAUGGAAUUUGAAUUUCCGGACUUUUCUCGCCCAGACUUUAUGGAUGGCAUCGACAAUGAGGCACUCGAUUUGUUUAUGCAAGCCGCUGGCGUCGGAUCGCUCGAUGAUGCAGCACAGCACGGCAACAAUGAGACGCUCAGCUUGGAGCAGACAGCCGGAAUUGGUGGCAUCUCCAAACUUGAAUCGCCGCACACGCCGCCAAUGAACGUGCUGGAUGCACAGCUGGGCACGACGGGGCGGGUGAGUGCGAUGGCCAUGCCGCUGGCACAUCUGCCCGAGAGUCCGCCCGAUUCGGGCUCUGAGCCCGCCUACAGUCCGCUAGGAGAUGUGCAUGCGCUCAAUGGGCGGGAGCUCAUCUAUUCAGGACUAACAAACAUGCAACACCAACAACAACAACAGCAGCAGCAGCAUCAACAUCAACAGCUGUUGCACACAGAUUUGCAGUUCGCAGCGCCACAGCAAGGACAUCAUUUUGUGGCGCCUGCGCAGGAUGUGCGAGUAAAGCAUGAGACUGGAUUGAUCAUGAAUGCCAACAGCCUGCUCUGCCAGCAGCAACAACAGCAACAGCAGCAGCAGCAGAUGGGCGAGCAACAGUUGCUGUCAAUGCAGCAGCAGCAACAUCACGAUUUACCGCCUGAGCAGCUGCUCUAUCAGCAUUACGAUAAUGGGCAUGGUCUAUAUGGAGCUGGCAGCUAUCAAAAUCUGACGAACAUGUCCACCUGCAUGUUGACCUCGCCAUUGGGCCUGGGCGAUCGCGUUCAGGUGAUUGGCACCAGUCAAUUGUCGCUGAAUCGCAGCUCCACGCCCUCGACGCCAGUGCAUUCGCUGUCCCGCAAGCGCAAGAUGUCCACCCAGUUGGAUUGCCCGGACUUUGCGCCCAGUGUGCCCAAACAUGAGACGGGUCUAUUAAUCAGUCCGUUGCGCAGCUCUCAUCAUUCCAUUGCAGCUGCACCGAGCAGCAGUAGCAGCAGCAGCAGCAGCAGUCAUCACAGCGAACACGAUCCGAGCAAGACACCCGCGCACUCACAUUGCUCCGCCUCCGUUUCUCCAGCCUUGUCCGGCAUCAACUCCCAGACAGAGAAUAGCCUGGAUGGGCAGAUCAGUAAUGCAGCAGGUGGCAGUGGGUCAGGCAGCGAAGCUGGUGAUCCAGCUUUGACGCAAUGCAUCCGAUUCAGCCCCUUUCAGCCAGAGAAUUGGCACAAACUGUGCGAUCAGAGCCUGCAGGAGCUGUCCGUCAUUUAUUAUCGUGUGGAUGCGGACAAAGGAUUCAACUUCAGCGUCUCGGAUGACGCGUAUGUGUGCCAGAAGAAGAAUCACUUUCAGGUCACGUGCCAUGCGCGCCUUCAAGGAGAUGCCAAAUUUGUGAAGACACCGUCCGGCUUGGAGAAAAUCAAAUCCUUUCACUUGCAUUUCUACGGUGUCAAAUUCGAGGCGCCCAAUCAAACAAUACGCGUGGAGCAGAGCCAAUCGGAUCGCUCCAAGAAGCCAUUCUAUCCCGUACCUAUCGAUCUCCAGAGCCAUAUUGUCAGCAAGAUUACCGUGGGGCGUUUGCACUUCUCGGAGACAACCAACAAUAAUAUGCGUAAGAAGGGACGCCCCAAUCCGGAGCAACGUUUCUUUCAGCUGGUUGUCGGCCUGCAUGUGCACACCACGUCCGGACACUUUCCGGUUGUUAGCCAUGGCAGCGAGCGUAUUAUUGUGCGUGCCUCGAAUCCAGGUCAGUUUGAGUCGGAUGUGGAUCUGUGCUGGCAACGUGGCAUUACACAGGAGUCCAUAUUUCAUGCGGGCCGUGUGGGCAUCAAUACGGAUCGGCCAGACGAGAGUCUGGUCGUGCAUGGCAAUCUCAAGGUAUCCGGCCAUAUUGUUCAGCCUAGCGAUAGUCGCGCCAAACAGGAAAUCGCCGAAUUGGAUACGUCGGUGCAGUUGCGCAAUAUGCAAAAGAUUCGCAUUGUUCGCUAUCGCUAUGAGCCGGAAUUUGCGGUGCAUUCGGGCUUGAGGCGCGAAAGUGACACUAGAGAAAUUGUCGAUACGGGCGUUAUAGCGCAGGAGGUGCGUGAGGUUAUACCGGAUGCAGUCCAAGAGGCUGGCAGCGUUGUACUCCCCAAUGGAAAUGUUAUUGAGAACUUUUUGCUGGUCAACAAGGAUCGUAUACUAAUGGAGAACAUUGGGGCCGUUAAGGAGCUAUGCAAGGUGACCGGAUCGCUUGAGACGCGUAUCGAGAAUCUGGAGCGAGCCAACAACACUCACAAUAAUCAUCAAUUGCGUGCCAAGGAUUUGUUAGAGCCACGUUGCAUUUUACCACCACGCGUUCGCAAAUCAAAUAGUCGCAGCAAUGAGGGCUACGAAAUCUGCUCCAGCCGCCUAAUGCAGGUCAUCAUCUUUCUGCUGAUCAUUGUGAUGGCAGCCUGCUUGGCUGCUGUUUCUACACUGUAUUUUGUGGAGCACAAUAAGCAACAGCAGCAGCAACAUUUGGAAGGGUAUCCCGGGUUCGGCGAUGGUCACCUCUUUCGGCCCGAUGGAACGACUCGGUUUAGUGACGAGGAUCGAUACAAUUUCCAGCAAAGUUUGCAAACGCUGUUCAAGAACAAAACGCAUGGCGCGUGGCCCAGCUUAAUGUAUGCAGCGAGCACUACGCGUCCCACUGGCAGAAGCAGCCAAGCUUUACGCUUAAGCGACGGCGAUGUUGAGGAGGAGGAGGAGCUGACGGCUGUCAUGAACAAUCCACAGGUGAAUUUACCGUUGCCCAAACUUCAUGCACCACAGCCACGCAUCACAACCACUGCACCACGCAACAACAACAACAAGACAAUUGUUAGCAAAAACAAAUCGAAAUGGCCCGUCUCACAGGAUGCACUGCGUCCGGGUGCUGCUCAAAAGCUGCUGCAAAGCGCACGCGUUGCAGCUGUCAGUCGAACUCUAGCCAGCAGCACAAACGAAACGGAUGGUUCCUCCGAGAAGCCACAGGGCAUAACACUCUCCCAGGACUUCGAGAAUAAUUCCAUUGAUGUGGACGCACAGCAGCAGCAACAGCAACGAUUGCUGCAGCAGCAACAACAGCCGCAGCAACAGCAACAGCAGCCGCCUUUAAAGCCCUCCUCCAAGCUGGACGAGCGCAUUAUCGUUGUGAACACCGUUGCCAGCACAGCUGUAGAUAAUUUCUCGUCCUCCGAUGCCGGCCAGGCUAUAAGAAAGCUGAAUGCAGGCGAUGCCGCCAUUUAUAAUGUAUACAAAACCGUUUCGCCACCAACAGCCAACUUGGCUCUAACUACCAACAAGGUGAGCACAGAGCAGAGUCACGUCCAGAGCACGCUAUCCCUUGCCUUAGAUGUGCCGCCGCCAGCAGCUGUGCGCAACAGCAGCGGGAACAAGGAGAGUGCUGAUGCACUCGAUCUGCAAAAUCUGAGCAAUACAAAUGAAUCGGAAGCUGUGGAUAAUCCCAUAACAGCACUCUUUGGCUUUGAGUACACGGAUGCGGGUUUACGGGAUUCCGCAGUGGGUCGACGGUCGGCUAACCAACGUAGUCUGGACUGGAUUAGACACAAGAGCCUAAAGACGCCGCUGUUUGGCCAGCCAAAGGAAUGCAGUGGCGAGGAGGCAAACAGCGCUAACUGUCAGUCCAACUGCUUUGAGUCACAGCAACCGGCUGCAGCUGCUGCGGAUAAUGUGGACGCGAAUGUCAAGAAACAACAUGUGGAGGAAGAUCUACAAUCCGCAGAGCAGGACCAGGAAGAGGAGGAGCCGGAUAUAUUGAUCAUACAGCCAGUAGCUGGAAAUGAGACCAACGCCUACCAUGGCAAAAACUCGCACAGCACAGCUGCACGAUCCAAGCAAUUAGCUAGCGAAACAGGCGUUUCUGCUGGCGAGGAUGCUAUAUACACUGUGCUAAAUGCCGCACCUGCUGCAGCAGCCGAACAUGUAGAGGCAGCACCACUGGCUACAGCCACGGCUGUGCCACAUCCCUUAGAUUGCUGGAGCAUUACCAGCUGCGUGCUGGCGGGGCUAAACAAUCACACAAUUGAUGUGGCUCAGUUUUGUCCCAGCUCCGGAAGCUCAUUGAAUAUCACCUAUACGGUGCCUGUGUCUAAGUUUUUACAAGCUGCCAGCUUAGAGCUGCAUUUCAGUUCCAGCAAGCCCAUGCAGUGGUCUAUUUGCAGCGAUGAUGAGCAGUCCAAGGCCAAUGUAGGUGCACAGCUAAACGAGGAUGAGGAGGCGCUACCAAGCAGCAGCAGCAGCAGCAACUGGGUAAAGGUACUCAAGCAGCUGGGUAAUAAUAAACUCAUUCUAGCGCUUGAUAUGCCCAAUCGUGGCUACUUUCUGCGCGAGUUUAUGCUGCGCGCCAGUACAGACCUGGAACAACAAAAACUAUGCGAUGACAACGCCCAUGUGGCAAACCCUAUACUGCAGUACAACUUUAGCAUCGUAAGAAAUUGUGAUUAGUUAACAAACAAUUUAAUUUAUGGCACGGAUUGGAUCAAAAAUGAAAACGAAAAGAAAAACAACAAAAAAUAAAGAUUUAAUUCCUGGCUCAGCGGCAACUGAUCGCAGUUGAAUGUGGGCAGCAAUAACAAAUUUGACAACAAAAAAACUACAAAAAAAAACAUACAAAAAUGCAUUCAAAACUU